CUGCUGCUACUGCUGCUACUGCUGCUACUGCUGCUACUGCUGCUACUGCUGCUACUGCUGCUACUGCUGCUACUGCUGCUACUGCUGCUACUGCUGCUACUGCUGCUACUGCUGCUACUGCUGCUACCGCUGCUUUUUUCCAGUGUGUUUAG